AUGAGGAAUGUGCGCGGGAGAAUGCUCGCGGUAGCGUUCUGCCUCCUAGGUGCAGUCCACCUGAUCUCAACAGCCUCCCUUAAGGAAAAUGAACAACGCCACCGUCAACACCUUGAUCCAGUGCACCACCAGCAACAUCAAGAAACUCCUGUGCUGGACGUGCAGCGUCGUACACGUGGGGUCGAACAAUGGCUCUCACUAAUCUCCGAAAUAGCACGCGUUGGUGCAAAGAGCGAGCUCUCUCGCAGCGGGAACACUUUCAACAAUAUAUUUUUACCAUCCCCGAUCAAGUUGGAUGGACAAAAUACCACGUUGCAGUUAGUACUGAUCCCGGUGCCGGGGGUACCCUCACAGUAUAGGCAAAGUCUGCAAUUCGAUACCCUCGCACCCAACUUCGCAUCGGUAUUCACCACCCCCAACGUGUCCCCACCAAACAUUGAGCAAUCUGUAAUUACUAGCAAUGUCCACACCCCGUAUUACAUACCUCCGCAGUCUAGCACUCAAGAUCCGAACCUCCGCGGUCCAACCUCUCACCACGUGUACCAGUCGACCUCUUCCCCAGGCCGCAAACCAACAACUCAGCCGCCACAGGUUGAUAAGUAUGAGGUGAACCAACUUCCAGUUGUCAAUUUGAAGAAAACCCAAGAGAGUGUGUCAAAUGAUAAGCGCCGAGCACAAAAUUCUCUUAUCUUCUUACCAGUUGAGGACUCGCAGCAACUACUUAUGCAGUUCCGCGCUCAGCUGCCGAGAACACCUUCAUGGCCACCCAUCGUUAUAGAGCCUUUGGUAGUCAAUGCCACAGACGACGAGGUGGUGGAAGUGUCUGAAAUAGGCGAAGAACAGCAGUCCACUUCCUCUAAUGAAAACGGCCAAUACGGACCCUCUGAAUCGACGAAAAAUUGUCGCAGCGCAUGCCAGGAAAGCUCGAGCAAUUACGGUACAGGACCUGACCCUGUUAGUGGAGAAGCACCCCCAUCACCGCCACUACCACGCUUUGAGCGUUCCAUAAUGGUAGAAGCUGUUCUCUCCGUACCCAGAGCCGACUACUCCGAACCCUACACUCUCUGGUGGGAUGCGGCGAGUGGUGCAUCCCGUAUUGAACACCACGGAGGUACAGCGUCCAGUUACCGCAUCAUGCAUCUCGACGGGCACGUGCAGUCUGUGCACGUACGUCUUGACCGAACGGGUGAGUCAGAUGUACGACGCUGUACACUCUUGGAGCCACGCCGCGUUACGCUAGCCGAGCGGGCAAUACCCGUGUUACCUGAUAUCUCAGGAUUCAAGUUUGCCGGGUACAUCGAGGUGAAGUCAAUCCCAAAAGUGAUGCUAUCACGUGUGGAGCGUUGGGUUAACAUCGUGAGUGCACCGGCCGGAGCAAGUGGAGCGUCACGCGGGGAGGUGCUUACCUAUCGUCACGAGCUUCUUGUAGCAAGAGCUCAAGAUAACCUGACCACCACGCCACUCCGGUACGCCGUAGCUGUUGAUAGCUCCGUACUCGGCGUAAAUUGCGACUCAUAUAUACACCGCUUCUUGAAAGUUUACACUCGUAAUCACGACUCUUCCACAUUUAGCUUCGAUAUAGCUGACGCGUGUGAUCACCUUAAAAAAAUUGAUGAGAUGGAAUUAGUGGAACCCUUUCGAGAGUUUACGAAGCUACAGCGAGAUCCAAAAUAUGAUGACAUGCUUACUAGGUUCAAGAGGCAAAACAACCGUCAGUAUGCAGACGAUUUAGAAGAAACGAUUCGCAAAAAUAUUCUAAUACAAAGCUCGCGGUUCAUGUCCUCUGGUAAUCGAAAGGGUUCCAGUUUAGAACUGGGGAUGAACUUCCUGGCAGAUCGCUUGAGAGAUGAAAUGAAGCCAUUGUAUGGCAUUGAUCCCUCUGUCUCUUCCGAUGGCGAUAUGUUUCCUCAUAGCAAAGAAGAGCUCCGUCGCAUGAGCAGUCGAUUGCCACAGAAAUUCGACUGGAGAGAACGUGGUGGCGUCACUCACGUGCGUAAUCAAAGUUUAUGUUCUUCGUGCUGGGCUUUUACGGUAGUAGGCGCUGUAGAGGGAGCUCUGUUUGCAAGAACCGGCCAUCUGGUGCCACUCAGCGAACAAGUCCUCUUGGACUGCGGCCACCGGUCCGGGGCCAAAGGAUGCGGACCGACUUGGCCAAGGUUUGCUUACGACUAUAUUCGGGACAAUGGACUGCCAGCGCUUGACGAGUAUAGUCCCUACGUAGCCAAGGUGCAGGAAUGUAAUGCAGACCGCGUAGCGCCCGUGACUCGGAUUAGCAGUCAUGUCAACGUCACCAGCAAGAACUUACUCGCACUCAAGGUGGCGAUCCGGAAGCACGGGCCCACGGUUGUACUCAUGGAUGGAGACACCUCCAGUUUACAGUUGUACAAAAAAGGUUUCUAUCAUGACGCUAAAUGUAAAAAGAAUAGUUCGUCCCACGCUAUGUUGGCUGUGGGAUGGACUGUGCACCGAGGUGAAACUUACUUCAUUCUGAAGAACUCGUGGAGUGUCGGCUGGGGUGAGGAGGGCUACAUAUACAUGCGUGGUGCAACAAACACGUGUGGUCUGCUGCGGCUGCCUUCGUACCCAGUUCUGCAACGAAACAACGUGCUGCGUAUACCUUCCUCAGCGCGCUCAGCCGUUGCACCAGUCAAAACCUCCGAAUUAGCAAGAAUGAGCAAAGCAUUUUUUGUUAUAUGA